ACGCGCAUGCGCUCUUCGAAACUGUCCGAAUUUUACCUGAACCAAAAUUGAGGUUAUGUAUUUAUACGUUUUUAUUUUUUUAGCGAUAAAAUGAUUAAUUUAGGCCAAACAAAGGUACAAAAUUCAUUUUUUCUUUUCACUUGACUUCUUAAAAUAUUAAUACCAAACAAUGUCACUUCUGUACAAAACUACUCUCUCUGCUAUUCUAACCACCUCAAGAAAAUGUGUCCCAUGUUCGUCCGUCUUCACCAAAGAUUACUCAAACACGCCUCCAACUCAAGCAAGAAUAGUGAUAGCAGGCGCCGGAGUGGUCGCAAACUCCGUAGCUUACCAUUUAGUACAAAAUGGCUGGAAUGAUAUUAUAGUUCUCGAACAGGGAAAAAUCGGAAGUGGGACUUCGCAUUUUGGUUCAGGUACUCUAGGGCUAUUCAAACCCAUAGCCCACAGAAACCUAAUAUGGUACAGUAUUAAACUCUACCAACAACUACAAGACAUGGGCUACGACAUCCAAAUGCGUCAAUGUGGAAGCAUAAAUCUGGCCCAAACUACCGAUAGAUUGAUAGCUUUAAAGCGGCGAAUGGCUUAUAAUAUUCCUACAGGGUUACACUGCGAACUAGUCAGUCCGAACGAACUGAAAGACUUACACCCGUACUUAAAAGUCGACGACUUAAAAGGGGCCGUUUGGGUCCCUGAAGAUGCUGUUGCAAAUCCUAGAGCGAUCUGUGAUGUUUUAGCAAUAUUGGCGCAACAAGGGGGCGCCAAAUAUUUUGAGCAUACACCAGUAGAUAAAGUAUUAACACAAAAUUCAACCGUUUACGGUGUUGAGACACCAAAGGGGGUAAUUAAAUGCGAAUUUUUUGUUAACUGUGCGGGCAUGUGGGCCCGAGAAUUGGGGCUCCAGUGCUCGCCACAAGUUCGAAUACCUGCGUAUCCAGCACAACACUUUUACGCCACAACAGGACGAUUACCAAAAUAUAUUGACGAAUCCACACCAAUAAUAAGAGACUAUGAUGCCUACACGUACACACGAGAGUAUGAAGGGGGUUUCAUGAUUGGAUGGUUUGAACAAGACGCAAAACCCGCGUUUGAAGACAGUCAAGUUCCUAGAGACUGGUUGAAACACAUAAAAUACGACGUCAAACACUUCUUACCAUUGUGGGAAAAAGCGGUAAAGCGCAUACCAGAGUUAUCCAAUUGUAAGGAACCCGAGAUUGUCAACUCCCCCGAUAAUUUCACACCCGAUGGCCGCUGGAUUCUAGGGGAAACUGCUGAAGUCAACAACUAUUUUGUGGCUUGUGGUAUGAACGGCAAUUCUUUACAGGGUGCUGCGGGUAUCGGGAAAGCGGUAGCCGAGUGGAUAAUAGAAGGAGAGCCCACUCAAGAUCUCCUACCUUUUAAUGUACAAAGAUUCUUAGAUGUUCACAAUAACAGACAGUAUUUACAACAAAGAAUCAAAGAGGUGGUUGGAAGACAUUACUCAGUUCUAUAUCCUUUCCAAUGUGAGUAUAAACAUGCUAGGAAGUUAAGAUGUUCACCACUUUACAGCGUCCUGGAGACCAAGGGAGCCGUGUUUGGAAUAAAAAUGGCGUACGAGAGAGCUCUCUAUUUUGAUUCAUCCUACAAACCUGGCGAUUUUAAACCGUCAAUGCCUCCUGGAAGUUUUUUCAAACCGAAAUUUUUCGAUUUCAUGAAAGAGGAAUAUCUGGCGUGUCGAGAAGGCGUCGGUAUUAUUGACAUGUCAUCAUUUUCUAAAAUUGAAAUUAAGUCAGAAGGUUUGGAAAUUGUCACUUUUCUCCAAAAACUGUGUUCAAACGAUGUUAAUAUUCCUGUGGGGGCGAUCGUACAUACGGGGAUGCAGAACGAAAGAGGUGGAUAUGAAAAUGAUUGUAUGAUAGUACGCCAGGCGGAAAAUAGGUAUUUCAUGGUAUCACCCACUAGUCAACAAACUAGAAUAUAUGAAUGGAUCUCUGAUAAAAUACCCAAACGGUCUACAAUAGUCCUAAACGACGUUACAUCCAUGUAUACUGUAAUUAAUGUAGUGGGUCCUAAAGCUCACGGCUUACUCAGCGAAUUAUCCAAUAGCGAUAUGCGCCUGGCGCCAUUUUCGUACAAGAAAGUAAACGUAGGUUAUGCUUCUGACGUCAUGGUGAUGUCUUUCACCCACACGGGCGAACCAGGGUACUGCUUAUACGUACCGUCAGAGUACGCCCUUCACGUAUACUACAAACUUAUGACCGUAGGACGAGACUACGGUGCCCACGACGUUGGUACCUUAACCCAACGCUUUAUGAGAAUUGAAAGGUUCAUACCUUUCUGGGCAGAAGAACUCACGAGCUUCACUACACCUUUUGAAGCAGGAAAUGGCUACAGCGUCAGACUAGACAAAAAAGAGAACUUCAUCGGCAAACCUGCUUUACAAAAACAAAAAGAAAAUGGCGUCAAUAAACACCUUGUGUUCUUCCAUUUAAAUGACAUUGAUCCCGAUAAAGACAUCUGGCCUUGGGGCGGCGAACCGUUGUAUCGAAAUAACGAAUUUGUUGGCACUGUUACUUCCGCAGGGUACGGAUUCUCCGCCGAUAAAUUGAUUUGUGUAGGGUUUAUUCAAAGACCGCCGUCAUCUAGUAAUAAAAUAAUUACGUCGGAGUAUAUAAUGUCGAAAGAAGCGGUGUACCAGAUUGAUGUGGCAGGUACCAGGUUUUCGUUAACACCGUACUUACAUGCGCCGCCUGUACUUAGUUCCAGUACUUUGCAAAAGUACAGACCUACAGUUAUUAGUUACAAGAGUGAUGUAACUAGUUAGAUCUUAAAAAGCAAUCAAGAGAAUAAUAGUGAUAUUUAGUCUGGUCAUAGUUUUACGUUUUUGUGAUUUUAAUUUAUUGAUUUUAAUAAAGUAUUAGAGUUAUA